AUGAAGAUUAGAAGACUGGCGAUAGCAGUGGUAUUCCGCCUUUUGAGUGGCCCAGCUGCAACUAGCUUUGGUGAUGUUCCUGGUAGCAACACACCUUGCUCUGUGGAUUCUGACUGUCCACUGAUCAACUGUUUGAUUGCGCCUUGCCCUGCUGCUGUCUGCACAGAUGGUACCUGUGGUGUGGAGGCCAACCCACCAAACCCAGAAUGCCUCCAGGAUAGUGACUGUCCGGAAAUCACUUGCUUUGCAGCACCAUGUGAUGCCAACGUCUGUGAUGGUGGUCUGUGUGUUCCUCGGCCUCCAGAUGGAGACAAUCUAGCAAAACCUGAAGAGAAUCCUACCGAAGAAACUCCCAACACAGGUGCAGCACUCCGUGUUCCUGUUGACUCUGACUGUCCACUGAUCAACUGUUUGAUUGCGCCAUGCCCUGCUGCUGUAUGCAAUAGUGACGGUACCUGUGGUGUGGAGGCCAACCCACCAAAUCCUGAAUGCACCCAAGAUAGCGACUGUCCCCCCAUUAGUUGCUUUGCAGCACCAUGUGAUGACAAUGUGUGUGAUGGUGGUCUAUGUGUACCACAACCUCCUUCCAAGCCAGAUGGCGGUGAUAAUCCAGUGGCGCCUCAGGGAACUCCUUGUGGUCCAAAUACGUGCUACAAUGAGCCAUGUUGCAACGAAAGCUGCGGCCACUGUGGCUCUAUUUGCACCGACGAGUAUUGUCUCUCGGGAGAGGAUGACAUGGGAGAAUCUUUUCAUAUCAACAACAACAACAACAAUACGUUACCAUGCAAUAGUACAUUUGACUGCCCUCUGCUCCCUUGCAGUGCUUCCCCUUGCUAUCAGUACGAAUGCAACGCGACACUCAGAGAGUGCCUUUUGACGGAGGCGGACAUGCCUUGUGACACAAACAGCACAGAACCCUGUUACGACUCUUCGGUGAAUGUCGAAAAAAGCAGCAGCGAUGCGGAAUUGAAGGGUGACAGAGAAGUUCCCAGUGGUGUAUUGGAAUCCAAGUCAACACGACAAACGAUACUUCUCGAGUCUGCAGUUGUGAUGUUGGCGGCAAGUCUGCUUUCGUUCUUGUAGACCAACCUUUGAUGUUACCGUACCAGCCCACCCAUCAUGCAAUAUUAAUAAUGUGAUCAAAUGAAGCAGAGCUAUGGACAGGCACAUGAAUACUCAUGCAUUUCGGGGUGCUAUUGUGGGCUUUUCAUUCAAUAUCUUUCAUAACUACCGUAAGUAUCCAUAACGAGACUAUUUUUCUUUCUUUGCCAUCAAAUCGGUGUCUGCCUAGCCAGCUAGCUAGGUGAUAACUAACCACUAGUAGAGGGGCCAAGCAAGGAAGUCCACAAGAGAGCCAACAGAGGCAAGUACUGAAAAAAAUCUUCCAUGACAAUGCUCGUGUAAAGUUGCAAGUUUACAACAGGAGGUUAUUUUAAAAGCAAG